GAAAGAAAAGAGUGCCCAGCUGAGUGGCCUGAAGCCAUACACCAUGUACAGGAUAGCUGUCCGCUCCUUCACCCACAACGCCCACAGUGAAUACAGCAAGGAAGUCAUGUGUAGGACAAAAGAAGGAAAGCCUGGUAUGCCAAAAAAUCUGAAGGUGACUGUGAGGAGUCCAACAUCAGUGGAAGUGUCAUGGCAGGCCCCAGACAACCCAAAUGGAAUAAUACGGGAGUAUACUGUCCAUUACAAAUAUCAGGAUCAAGGAUCUGCAUCAUUCAGAAUAUUGAAUGGCUCAGCAACAUUUGCAAAGCUGGCCCAACUGCACCCAGGCAAAGUGUAUCAGGUGGAAAUACAGGCUUCUACCAGAGCAGGCAAUGGGCCUCGCAGUGAAAAAUUGGAGUUCAAGUUGGAGGUACCUCCGCCUAGUGAACCAAUAGACAACCUGGAUGACACCAAAGUUGGUAUUAUAGCUGGGGUCUCUAUUGGCAUUGUGUGUGUGGCUAUCUGUAUUGUCCUCAUCAUAUUGAAAGCAAGGAACCGUCAACGACCUAGUGAGCCAGAAGCUGUGCGUUAUUAUGGCAAUGGCCAUCUACCUCAGUCAAACGGUGGCAAUUUGUACCACCAGUGUACGGCAAAUGGGCAUGAAGAUAGCAUCACACCCAUGUUACCAGCAAACUGCACAACUGCUGAUGACCCCACAGUAUGA